AUGCAUAUCACCUUAGGCCAAGCCAUUUGGUCCUCAGUGAAACCGAUCAUCAAGAUUUAUCUUAUCAUUGGUACAGGAUUCCUUCUAUCCAAAAUGAAUAUUCUAACUUCAGAGGCUACAAGAACCAUCUCAGACGUCGUCCUUACCAUCUUAUUACCAUGUCUAUCAUUCAACAAGAUUGUCGCAAACAUUGAAGAUAAUGAUAUCAAACAAGUCGGUAUCAUUUGUCUUACUUCAGUCAUUUUAUUCGCAACAGGUUUAGGGUUUGCCUUCUUAGUGAGAAAAUUCUUACCUGUCCCUAAACAAUGGUAUGGUGGGAUCCUGGCAGGUGGGAUGUUCCCGAAUAUCUCUGAUUUACCAAUCGCUUAUAUUCAAACUAUGGAUCAAGGUUUCAUUUUCACACCCACGGAGGGGGAUAAAGGUGUUGCCAAUGUUAUCAUCUUCUUAGCAAUGUUCUUAAUUUGUGUCUUCAAUUUAGGUGGGUUUAGAUUGAUUGAAAAUGAUUUUAAAUAUAAUGACGAGGAAAAUGCUAUCAUGGAAUCAGAAGAAGAAGAGAAUAGUAAUAUAGAUGUGGGACAAGAAGAUGCAGAUUCUCAUUCAUCCACUUUAUCAAAGGGAUCUCAUGCGAAAACAGAAAGUUCUGAAGAUGAUGAUCCUACUCAUUUAAAUGAGAAAAAAAAUCAUGAUGAAAAUCAGGAAAAAAAUAACGGAGAUAGUUCUACAAGUAGUACAACUGCUACUCAUAGUCAAGUGGGAAAUUCGAUAGCGGAAAAUAACAAGAGUAAAGAUUCAAUUCCAAAACGUAUACAUUCAGCUACCAUCCCCGAAGAGCAAGAAGAAGAAAAUGAAGAUGUAUCUUCUGAAACUUCAUCUGUAGUCACUUCGAUAGAUUCUCAUAUUAAUAAUUCUUCAAUAUUGGACAAUAUGAACUUUACCAAGAGUCGUCGUACGGCUAGUCAACCUGUUGCUUUCACUUCCAGAUCAAGUAGUGUCAGUGGUAUGGGAAUUCAUGCCUAUAAGACAACCUCUCAUCAAUCUAUUCGUUCCAUAGAUCAUAGAUCAUUACCAGCUCAAGAUAUGAAUGAUUUAAUUAACGAGUAUUCUAAUGUUGAUCAAUUUGGUAAUAAAAGAAGUAACACUGCAUUGUCACUCGAUUCCAAUAAUGUAAGAAAUCCAUACGAUUCACCAGUAGAACAACCAAUUGCAAGAACACAAACUGCGCAAUCAAGAAUUGAAAAAAUUAGGUCAUCAAAUUUAACAAGAAUAUUAACAUCUGACGCAACAGUUAGUAAAAAAGAUAUAGAAGAAUCAGGUUCAAGUUUACCUAAAUGGCUUCAAAAAUUCCCAUUAACUUCAUUGAUUGUAUUUUUCGUUAAAAAUUGUUUAAGACCAUGUUCCAUGGCAGUUAUAAUAGCUUUAAUCAUCGCAUUUAUUCCAUGGGUCAAAGCUUUAUUCGUUACAACUGCAACAACUCCAAAUAUAAAACAAGCUCCCGAUGAACAACCUGCUUUAAGUUUUAUCAUGGAUUUCACAGCUUACGUUGGGGCAGCUUCAGUCCCAUUUGGGUUGAUUCUUCUUGGUGCAACCUUAGGUAAAUUGAAAAUUGGUAAAUUAUAUCCAGGGUUUUGGAAAUCAGCAAUAUUAUUAAUAUUUUUAAGACAAUGUAUAAUGCCAAUCUUUGGUGUAUUAUGGUGUGAUCGUUUAGUUAAAGCCGGUUGGGCCACUUGGGAAAAGGAUAAAAUGUUAUUGUUUGUUAUCGCCAUUACUUGGAAUUUACCAACAAUGACUACUUUAAUUUAUUUCACUGCAAGUUAUACUCCAGUCGAUUGUAAAGAACCAAUCCAAAUGCAAUGUGUGGCAUUCUUUUUAAUGCUUCAGUAUCCAUUGAUGGCCGUUAGUAUGCCAUUUUUAGUUUCAUACUUCUUGAAAGUGCAAAUGAAAUUGUGA